AUGGUGCCCGCGCAUACCGCGCCCUGCGACGCGCGCAGGGUGGAGGCUUGCCAGAACAAUCCUGCCUGGGUCAAGUUUGCGGUGUGCAGCCAGGAGCAGCGGGCGGCAGGCCUGCGGGUUGCACAGCAGCUGAGAGGCGGCGCCGCGCUGGGCGUCGCGCCAUGCGACCUUUGGCCCUACUUGCGGGGUCGCACACUGUGGCUUCUUGGGGACUCCCACUCUAAGCAGCUGUUUAAGGCGCUUCAGUGCUUCUUGAUCGAUUUCUGGGACGGGCGCGAGUGCAAAGCCAGCGGCGAUGACAACCUCGUGAAGCAGCUCGACGCCCUGCCCCUGCGGCCCGGCGAGUCCCGCUGCAUACACCUCUUCGGCAACGGCCGCGUCUGCUUCGUGCAUGUUGUGCUGGGCACCAGUUUGCUCAACAACCCCCAGGUGGCCAGCAACGGCGUGCUGACCCUCUUGAGGGAGAGGGGCCUCGCCAGCCGCGCCGACAUAUUUGUGCCGCAGUUUGGGGUGUGGCACGCCAAGCAGGGCGACGCGGGGCUGCAGCAGCACAGGCGCGCGCUGCAGACCCUUGGGGAGGACUUCAAGAGGAAUGGUGCCCAGUGGCCGCACAUGGUCUUCCGGGAGAGCCCCAUGACUCACGACAAGGACGUCCAGAGCAAGACCUGCCUGCCCGCCGCAGCAGGCUGGAUCUACGACGCCGCGACGGGCACUGUCUCACUGAGCCCCGCCGCGCGCUCGGACAAGGCCGCGCUCAUCACGCGGGGCGGGCCCAUCAACUCGAUCGCGCGCGAGGUGCUGCCGGGCUACGGCCUCGCGAUGAUGCGCGGCUUCGACCUCAGCGUCCCCCUGCACGCCUCGCAUGUGGGCGCGAGGGGCGUUGCAGAGCUGGACUGCCUGCACUACUGCCAGCACGGACUGCCUGAGAUCUUGGUGUACGAGCUGACGCGGCUCAUAAAAAGCGGCGCCGCCGGCAUCCAGCAGUUGCCUUUCGCACCGCCCCAGCAGCGCCUGGUUUGCAGCCCAAUUUAG